GCAGGCGCAGAAGACGGACGGUCGGCACGCGGCUGGGAGGCGGGUGUGUUCAGUGGGGUGGGGUGGGGGUGGGCGUCCGGUAGUAGGGCUGCGGUGGGCGCCACUUGGUGUUGGGUUCUUCUUGGCGGUCCACCUCCAUUCCUGGGGCUCGGGUUACGCGGCGGCCGCCUUCACGCCUGGCCGGCCAGCAGUGUUAGGAGGUGGGGCGCCGCUAAGGGGAGACGCUCUUCGGCACUUCCGGACUCGUGAGGCUGCCUGGCGCGCGGAGCACUCUGGGAGUUUUAGUUCUGGAGAUGGAGCGAGCUGUGCCGCACGCCGUGCCUCUGGGUCAGAUGGAAGUAUUUCAGGCUCUGCAGCGGCUGCACAUGACCAUUUUCUCCCAGAGUGUCUCACCUUGUGGGAAGUUCCUGGCAGCUGGCAACAAUUACGGGCAGAUAGCCAUCUUUAGCUUGUCUGCUGCUUUGAGCUCCGAGGCCAAAGAGGAAAGUAAGAAGCCCAUGGUGACCUUCCAAGCCCAUGAUGGGCCUGUCUACAGCAUGGUCUCCACUGAUCGACAUCUGCUCAGUGCUGGGGAUGGGGAAGUGAAGGCCUGGCUUUGGGCGGAGAUCCUCAAGAAGGGCUGUAAGGAGCUGUGGCGUCGUCAGCCCCCAUACAGGACCAGCCUGGAAGUACCUGAGAUCAAUGCUUUGCUUCUCGUCCCCAAGGAGAAUUCCCUCAUCCUGGCUGGGGGAGACUGUCAGCUGCAUUCGAUGGACCUUGAGACGGGGACCUUCAUGCGGGCUCUCCGGGGCCACACUGACUACAUCCACUGCCUGGCACUGCGGGAGCGGAGCCCCGAGGUGCUGUCAGGUGGUGAGGAUGGGGCUGUGCGGCUUUGGGACCUCCGCACAGCCAAGGAGGUCCAGACAAUUGAGGUCUACAAGCACGAGGAGUGCUCGAGGCCCCACAAUGGGCGCUGGAUCGGAUGUUUGGCAACUGACUCAGACUGGAUGGUCUGUGGAGGUGGCCCGGCACUCACCCUCUGGCACCUCCGAUCCUCCACACCCACCACCGUCUUCCCAAUGCGGGCACCACAGAAGCACGUCACCUUCUACCAGGACCUGAUUCUGUCAGCUGGCCAGGGUCGCUGUGUCAACCAGUGGCAGCUAAGUGGGGAGCUCAAGGCCCAGGUGCCUGGCUCCUCCCCAGGGCUGCUAAGCCUCAGCCUAAACCAGCAACCAGCAGCCCCUGAGUGCAAGGUCCUGACAGCCGCAGGCAACAGCUGCAGGGUGGAUGUCUUCACCAAUCUGGGCUACCGAGCUUUCUCCCUGUCCUUCUGACCUCCAGUGACACUCCCAUCUCCAUGUCGGGUUCGGAGUGUGUUUUCUUUUUUUAUACAAAUAAAAUUUCAGGCUUUUCUUUCA